AGCCGACUUCUUUAGGGGCCAGGACGUGUACCACAACCCUCCUGUCUGUGACGUAGACCACAGCUCUGACAUCCUCCAGCUCAACGUCGCGGCGCUCUACAGGCUACAACCCAACUGGUUAAACAGUUUUAAUUACUUCUCCAUUUCCUGUUCGCUGACGUAUGGAGGGAAAGAUAUCUGCGAGACGUGCGUCUCCGAGAACAUCAGCACAGCCUUGUCGCUUGGCAACAAGAUUCAGUGUCACCGCAUGAUGGUGUUCCCAAAACAGAUCAAACAGCUACCUUAUGAGUCCAUGUUGACGAUACGUCUCCAGGGGACGAAACAGGGCAAGUCUCCUGAACUGUUACGUUGGGCCGUCCUGCCUCUAUACAGUAACAGGACCCUGGUGAGUGGCACUGUCCUGCUCAGCAUGUCUAUGCUGGUGGAGCUGUCUGAGCCUCCCUCGCCUGCCCUGUCAGAUGGCCACAGACAGGCUAAUGGUGUCAUCCUGCAGUUGGAGUUCCCGGAGACAGCUGAGUGGAGGUAUGAAAGGCCCAUCUCCCUUCCAGGGUCUGUCUUGUUCAGUCCUCCGUGUGAUGAGCUACACAAGAAGAUAUCAGAGGUCUCCCAGAAACACUGCCUCUGCUUUUUGUCAGAAAAUGAGAGGGCAUUACUGUGGAGUAAGAGAUACUGCUGUGAUGGGAGGACCACCUUCCUGCACCUGGUGCUGGGUGGCGCCCCCCAGUGGGCUCCAGAGAACCUGACUGAGAUCUACACCAUACUGGAGCACUGGACAAUACGCCACCCUGAGGAAGCACUGUUUCUACUCUCUAACAAUUUCCAUGACCAGACGGUGCGUCGAAGAGCUGUGCAGCACUUUGAGCAGACUUCUGAUAGAGAACUAGAGGAAUAUCUACCACAACUGGUACAGGCUCUGAAGAGUGAGUGGGAGUUGAAUGGACCUCUGGUGAUGCUGCUAUUGGACAGGUCACUGAAGAGUGUUAGGAUAGCCCAGCAGCUCUACUGGCUGUUGGUAGAUGCCCAGGAUGACCCCCAUUACCAGAGCUGGUUCAGUAAGGUGCAGGCUGCCCUGAGACACUGCUGUGGUAAAGCACUGAGGCAGGAGCUGGAACACGAAACCCGCCUGGUAACCCUGCUCACGCAGGUGGCUGAGAGGGUCCGUAGAGCUGACAAAAACCGCAGGAAGGAUGUGUUGAAGAAAGACAAGUGGAAGAUUGACAGCUUCUUCAAGAACGGGAUCAGCUGUCGUCUACCGUUGGACCCUGCUGUCCUCGUGAAGGGAGUUCAUUUGGAGACCUGUAAAUUCUAUAACUCCCACACUGCUCCUCUGGGAAUCUCCUUCAUCAACACAGAUCCUCUGGGCAGGAAAAUCUCUGUCAUCUGCAAGACAGGGGGUAACCUGCGGCAGGACAUGCUGGUGCUGCAGAUUGUGCGUGUGAUGGACAAGGUUUGGCUGCAGGAGGGACUGGACAUGAGGAUGGUUACCUAUAGGUGUAUCUCUACUGGGCGAGACCAGGGUCUGGUGGAGGUGGUGCCAGAGGCAGUGACCCUGGGUAAGAUCCAGCAGGAGUGGGGUCUGGGUGGGGCGCUGAGGGAGGACACCCUGGAGAAGUGGUUCCACAUGUGGAACAAGACUGAGGAGGAUUAUGAGGAGGCUGUGAUGAAUUUCCUCCACUCCUGUGCUGGCUGGUGUGUAGCGACCUUCAUCCUGGGUAUCUGUGACCGCCACAACGACAACAUCAUGUUGAAACACAGCGGGCACAUGUUCCACAUCGACUUCGGCAAGAUUAUGGGCAAUGCGCAGAAGUUCGCCAGCAUCAAAAGGGACCGGACUCCAUUCAUCUUCACCUCAGAGAUGCAACACUUCAUCACAGGCGGGGGUCAGAAACCCCAGAGGUUUCAUCGUUUCGUAGAGCUCUGCUGUGAAGCCUACAACAGCAUCCGACAACGCACCGCCCUGGUGCUCAGCCUACUGCAGCUGAUGCUGGGUGCAGGUAUGCCGGAGCUGAAUGACACCCAGGACCUGCAGUAUGUUCAGAACAACCUGAAACCUCAGGACUCUAAGAUGGAGGCCACGUCCUACUUCACCAAGAAGAUCAAGGAGAGCAUGGGCAGUUUCCCAGUCAAACUCAACUUCCUGAUCCACACCAUGGUCCAGUCCUCUGGGAAGAGGCUGGCGCCACCCAGCCCUUCUCAGAACACCUCCCCCAACACCAACAUCCAGGAAGCUGUCAUACAGAAGUACACCGUGAAGGGCAAGGAUGUGACUUACGAGUUGAGGGUGACCAUUGAAGACGGCUAUCUGAUCAGCGAGAAGACGUUCGGUCAGUUUGAGCUGAUCCACAAAGAGCUGAAGAAACACUUCAUAGAGUCUACGCUCCCACAAUUCCCCAAAUGGUUCAAGAUGUCGUUCACUCCAGGCAGAAAAAUGUCCCUGCUGAAUAAGUAUCUGAAGGAACUAUUCGAAGGACCUUGUAAAGGCAAUGAGUAUGUGUGCUGUUUGUUUCUGGAUGGACCCAAGACCAGGACUCCCAACUCUGUGAAAUCAGACAGAGACGGUGGACCCCAGAUUCAACUCUACAUUUCCUACAACGACCACAAGCUCUCUGUCCUGGUCAAACACCUCAAGAACAUUAAGUUGGUGAAUGGUUCGUGUCCAGAUGCCUAUGUGGUCACCAGGCUGAAGCCAGACCCCCUCAAAAGAUCCAAGAGGAAGACCAAGGUGGUCCGUAACAACCACAACCCUACCUUCAAUGAACUGAUAGAAUACCGUGACAUGUCGUCCGUUCAAGACCGCGAGUUAGAGGUGACAGUGAAGAGCAGGAAGGUCUUUGUGGCCUCAGCCAACGUCAGACUGGAACAGAACAACAUGGACACAGAGGAGUGGUUCCUACUGGACAAUCGGGUGCCUAGUGCCUUUUUAUUAGGGCGCAUCGCAGCAUAACUUUUUACAACGUUGCACAGUGGUUCCUACUGGGACAUCUGAUACCGAGUGCGGAAACCGAAGAUGAGCGUUUCUUAUUGGACAAAAUCCAAGUAGCACUGUCCCUCCCUGUUUCACUCAGUUUGAAAAACGUUUGGGGAAAAAAAAAAGAAGCGUGUUUCAGUGGGCAAGAACAGGGAGCACCUCAUUCCGUUUCAAAAUGUUUUCUCCCUACUGAACACCAUUCUGGAGAGGUGAUGUGAUGCCAGCCUACCACCAAUAGAUGGCAGUGUUAUACAGGAAUCUCCAUGGAGCGCAGAGAAUUUGUUGUACUUAGAACUUGUCUGUUCUAUUGGCACUGAUCUGGGAUCUUUUUAACAAUCCUCAUCUAAUCCAGAACUCUACCAUGAGGGAAGGGAAGUAAAAACUCAGCAUCUCAGGAGAUUUCUACAACGGGUUGGUCAAAACAAGCAUUGUGAUUGGUUGAGACGUGUUCUAAGCCAUACUAAGAAACCUGUUUAGCACAGGCACAUCUACGAUGCAGAAAUGGGCAUCUUAGUUUUCUGUUUAAUCUGAGAAACUUUUCAGCAUCCAUUUCCGUUGAGGGAUGAAAUAGUAGCCUACGAAUACAUUUAUCAAAAUUAUUUUUUUUAUUGAAUUGGUAAACCGUUGUAGAAAAGCAAUUGCACACUCGAGGUUGUGCAAAACAACUUGUUUUAGCAUGCCUUCUCAUGUGCAACUACAUAUACAUAUAGACGAGUCAACGUCCUGCUUCCUCAUAUAGACGAGUCAACGUCCUGCUUCCUCAUAUAGACGAGUCAAUGUCCUGCUCCUUUAUGUAGACGAGUCAACAUCCUGCUCCUUCAUAUAGACGAGUCAACGUCCUGCUCCCUCAUAUAGACGAGUCAACGUCCUGCUCCUUUAUAUAGACGAGUCAACAUCCUGCUCCUUUAUAUAGACGAGUCAACGUCCUGCUCCUUUAUAUAGACGAGUCAACGUCCUGCUCCUUUAUAUAGAUGAGUCAACGUCCUGCUCCUUUAUAUAGACGAGUCAACAUCCUGCUCCUUCAUAUAGACGAGUCAACGCCCUGCUCCUUUAUAUAGACAAGUCAAUGUCCUGCUCCCUCAUAUAGACGAGUCAACGUCCUGCUCCUUUAUAUAGACGAGUCAACGUCCUGCUCCUUUAUAUAGAUGAGUCAACGUCCUGCUCCUUUAUAUAGACGAGUCAACGUCCUGCUCCUUUAUAUAGACGAGUCAACGUCCUGCUCCUUUAUAUAGAUGAGUCAACGUCCUGCUCCUUUAUAUAGACGAGUCAACGUCCUGCUCCUUUAUAUAGAUGAGUCAACGUCCUGCUCCUUUAUAUAGACGAGUCAACAUCCUGCUCCUUCAUAUAGACGAGUCAACGCCCUGCUCCUUUAUAUAGACAAGUCAACAUCCUGCUCCUUCAUAUAGACGAGUCAACAUCCUGCUCCUUUAUAUAGACGAGUCAACGUCCUGCUCCUUUAUAUAGACGAGUCAACGUCCUGCUCCUUUAUAUAGACGAGUCAACGUCCUGCUCCUUUAUAUAGAUGAGUCAACGUCCUGCUCCUUUAUAUAGACGAGUCAACGUCCUGCUCCUUUAUAUAGAUGAGUCAACGUCCUGCUCCUUUAUAUAGACGAGUCAAUGUCCUGCUCCUUUAUAAUGACGAGUCAACGUCCUGCUCCUUUAUAUAGAUGAGUCAACAUCCUGCUCCUUCAUAUAGACGAGUCAACGUCCUGCUCCUUUAUAUAAAUGAGUCAAUGUCCUGCUCCUUUAUAUAGACGAGUCAACGUCCUGCUCCUUUAUAUAAAUGAGUCAAUGUCCUGCUCCUUUAUAUAGAUGAGUCAACGUCCUGCUCCUUUAUAUAAAUGAGUCAAUGUCCUGCUCCUUUAUAUAAAUGAGUCAAAACCCUAAACACGCUACUAGUGGUUCUUGGAGGGUGUUUGGAUUCGAAGAAUGAAAUGUUACAAGGGAAGGCUAGCAGGGAGACUCUAGUCUGAUUCUGGACACUAGAUUUAGAAUCUAUUCUCUACACUGCAUCUUCCUUGUCUUUGAUAUAUAUAUCAAUGUGAAUAAAAUGAAGGAAAUGUAUGUUUUGAAAAUGUGUAAUUAAUUGUAUCCAUUAUUUAACUCAUAAUUGACUAUUUGUUAUGUGUGUAGAUCAUUUGUUGUAAAAUGUCAUAUUGUUUAUACUGUGACUCCUAUUUCAUGUCUUAAUGGCCUGAUUGUGUUAGUACAGUGAUAGAUGAGAGUAUGUGGCUGGCUCCCUCCCUCCCUCCCAUCUUCAGCUCAGCCCUAGUCCCAUCCCCAGUCCCAUCCCCAGCCCUAGUCCCAUCCCCAGCCCUAGUCCCAUCCCCAGCUCAGCCCUAGUCCCAGCCCUAGUCCCAUUCCCAGACCUAGUCCCAUCCCCAGACCUAGUCCCAUCCCCAGCCCUAGUCCCAUUCCCAGACCUAGUCCCAUCCCCAGACCUAGUCCCAUCCCCAGACCUAGUCCCAUCCCCAGCCCUAGUCCCAUUCCCAGACCUAGUCCCAUCCCCAGACCUAGUCAGUCCCUGUCCCAUCCCCAGCCUUAGUCAGUCCCUGUCCCAUCCCCAGCCUUAGUCAGUCCCUGUCCCAUCCCCAGCCUUAGUCAGUCUCUGUCCCAUCCCCAGCCUUAGUCAGUCCCGUCCCCAGCCUUAGUCAGUCCCGUCCCCAGCCUU